AUGGGGGAUACACGCCAGAAAACAUUUCAAAAGCUGCGGCCGCCCUGUGUAGAGCUUAGCUCCAUCACGUUGAAAUUUAAGGGGGACCUUGCGUCAUCUAGUGAAGUCCUCAAAGCCUUAGAUACCUUAUAUCAAACUCUGCAAGAUGUCAUAUCAUAUAACGGAUUGGACGAGAAGCUUGCUGAAUACUCCUUCUUUCCGCUCUCCCAAAUUUUCAAUGAGAGCCAACGUAUCUCAGCUCAAUGUGUCGAGUUAGCUCUCAAAUGCUUACAGAUCCUUAUUGAAAGGGGAUGGCGUUCGAGACUUUCCGCUGAGCUGGGCAAGCAGCUACUCAUUCUUAUGACCCUUCUUUCAGGUGGUGCUCCCGCACAGGCAUCGGGUCCAAGUAGGCCACAGUCAGAGGAGCUCGUUGUAGCUGCUUUCGAUUGUGUGUCUUCCAUAUGCCAUGUUCUACAUGGUCCAGCGGCAGCAGCAGCUAUUUUCAACGAAGUUGGGUCAUCUACUAUUAUAGACCAAACAGUCUAUGUACUGCUUGAAGCCAUUGUGGAUGGGGUCUCAAGCGAUAUCCAGAGAUCAGCUGCUGUCGCGUUGCAGUCGUUGCAAUGCCGUAUCACGAACCGAGUGGUGCUAGCCAGUCUUUUGCCUCGUACGGUUUCUUCGCUUACAAAAGUUCUUCGUGGUACCGCCCAGCAGCGCCGGUCAUAUAAGGUUCUGUGCGCCUGUUUUGAAGGGUUGACCAUCAAUAUCAGAUCUGUCCUGAAUGAUUCGGUUGUGACUUCUACUGCCGAUGAGACGCAAACCAAUACCGGGACUGGGCCUCUUGUCCUCGAUAAGCCAUGGCUAAAUGCAACUGCAUCACAGAUCAAACUGGCACUUUCAAACGUAAUCCGACUCAGAAAUCAUGAACGGGAGGAGGUCCGUCACUCUCUCUUGGGUUUAUGUCUAAUGGUAAUUGAAGACUGUUCAAAUUCUCUUGCCGAUUCGUUGGCAAUGAUGGUUGAAACCGUUGUGGUCCUAGCACAUAAUCCUGUCGAGAAAGACGACAACGAGGCAUAUGUUUUACUUAAGCACCUGUUAACGUCAUCAGAAACAGUCGCAGGCAUUCUCAAAUCCAGUCUGUACUCCUGGAUAGUUGCGCUUCCACGGGUUAUGCAAUCUGCCGAUGAAGCCGCCAAAAGUCGGGUCAUAAGGCAGAUAUCCACCGCUUUCGAGGCAUUAUCAGAUACUCAAAUCAAAUCUGAUAUUCUUGACGAUACCAUGACAACAAGUCUUCAUGAUAGUAUAUCUGCUAUAUUAAUGUCUUCACCGACGCCCCUACAGCCCUUAGGACCUCCAAUAGACGCCAGGCCAGAAGCCCUUAGUCUUACUGGCCAGAGUCACUCUAAUACUUUUCAGCCAGUGAUAUUUGAACGUCAAAGCCAGAAGGAGACGUUAAUGGAGCUUCAAACUAUGAUAUCAAGGCUUUCAAAUACUGAUUUAUCGCUCAACAUGGCCAAAUCUAUGCUAAAGAAGCUUUAUCAGUCAUCAGGAGAUUCUUUCGUGUCAUCUCUCUGGCUAACGCUAUCAUUUCUCAAAAGCGCAUCUCCUGAUACCCUAAUGAUAGAUGAGGUGUUGAAUGUUGAACCCGACCUCUCAUCGACGUCACGACCGCAACUGAUAGAAGAGGUUUAUUCAUUAGUCUUGCCAAUUUUAACUGACAUGCAAAAUGUUGACUCAGAUGAUUGGCGUACACCCGCUCUUGCACUGGAAGCAGUUGCUUUACAGGCAGGACAGCUUCAAGAAUCUUUUCGACCUGAAUUGAUUGAUACACUUUACCCAAUUCUGCAGUUGAUGGGAUCCGGCAACCCGGCUUUGCAGAAUCAUGCAAUGACUUGUCUUAAUAUAAUCACCGCAUCAUGCAACUAUCCCGACGCAAGCACAUUGGUGAUUGAGAAUGUUGACUAUUUAAUAAACUCUGUGGCUUUGAAGCUAAAUACAUUCGACAUCUCGCCCCAAGCUCCCAGGGUUCUCCUUAUGAUGAUAAAGCUCUCCGGUUCUCGUUUGAUCUCCCAUUUGGAUGAUAUCAUUGGCUCCAUAUUUGCUGUUUUAGACGCAUUCCACGGAUACCCCAAGCUAGUUGAACUUCUAUUUGGUGUGCUAGGGGCGGUUGUUGAUGAAGGCGCGAGACAACCUGCACUGCUCGCAAUAUCACCUGGGGAUGAGACUGCAGUACCCCAGCACCGAAGAUUGCCGGCACAACCUCGACCUGUUUCUAGUAUAGCAGCUUGGAUUAAGGGGAGACGUGAGAAACAUUCAAGAGAACUACAAAUAGAGGAAAACAAUCCCGAACCCCUGGAACCCCAUCCAAAGAAGCCAUGGUCCUCCAUUCCUGAGAAGUCUGCCGGCGAAGAAAAGGAGAUGGACAUUAACUCUCAAGCCGAUCAAUUCGAACAACCUCUAGAGCCAGAAGAAAAGCCUUUGAGCAAACCUCACACGCUAUUAUUGAACAUCAUAAAAUCCAUACCGCCCCAUCUUUCCUCUCCUUCCCCAUACUUACGACGGUCACUCCUAUCCAUACUAACACGGGGUCUUCCUAUCUUAUCUCAGAAUGAGAAAACCUUUUUGCCUCUUAUCAAUGACCUGUGGCCUUCUGUGAGUGCAAGAAUUAUACUACCAGUACAAACAGGGAGACAAUCCCAAGCUCUGUCAACAACAUUGAAAGAAAAUAAAGCCCAGCUCAACGAUUCUGGUAUUCAAGAAGAAACCUUUGUUACGGUAGCCUCCUGCACAGCUAUCGGGACGAUGUGUAAGGGAGCUGGUGACUUCAUGUCCUCCAGAAUCGAGCACGAAUUCCCUCGAUGGAACCGGCUCUAUAAAUCGUUCUGGCACCAAGUUAAGGAUGAUGCUGAAAAAUCUGCAGAACGACACCGUCAGCAAAUGGCGAAAAAGCAAAUACAAGAAGCGAAGUCGUCUGGCAGCACUGCAUCUGCAGGGCUUGUUCGGGUACUAGAUGACUCCAACCAACCGCUGCCUCGGGCAUCUUUCAGCAUCACCAAGUCGUUUACACGUCAUCAUUCCCUUUGGAAAGCACUUACGACGCUAUAUAUCACCAUCUUAUCGCACGUCAGCCUACCGGCUGAUAUAAGAGAUGAGAUCUGUUAUACAUUGGCGGAUUGGAUAACCUUUUUCCACCCAGAAUUAUAUUCUUCUGAAACAUGGAAAGACAACGGGAAUAGCGACGAUGCUAUGAACGACGAAGAUGCCGAUAGCGAAACUAGAUGGAGCCAAGGGACCUUGAAGGAGGCUAAACGAGCUCUUCGUUCUAUGAACUCCUGGAAUCCAGACUUGACCUGGCUAGCAUGUGUCCAAACUGGAGUAAGGCAUCAUAAUGCUGGCUUUGAUGCUCAACAGGAGCUGCAGCCUAUUGCUGAGAAGAUGAACCAUGAACUGGAACAGCUGAUAGGAGAUCAUGCGAGGGAAGCUCGUUUGAGGUUUGCUACACCUGUGUUUUGA